UUUUUUUUUUUCAACGCCCCUUGGCAUGAUGAGAUAGUUAAUUUCAUUCCGAGUUCAUAUCGAAAUUGUUAAGAGCUCACACUCAUUCUAAAAAACGCUUUCCGGCCAAAGCAAACCCGAAGAACAUUACAGCCAGGGCAAUGGGAGAGUCGGAGAAUUCUCAUACAAAUGAAAAAGUAUCUGCUAUGGAAGCAGUACUGUUGGGUGCUUUAGGUCCUGGUGUUAAUAGACCUACCUGGACGGUACUCAAGUGUGUAUUGCUGGCACUAGGUGUGUGCCUUGCAACCAUGUUCUAUGCAGCCAUGUAUUCUAGUCACUCGGUAAUGGCAUUCCAUGUAUUUGUUCUUGUUCUGCUAUCUGGCGGGCUGUUUAUCCUCUUAAGCUGGUUUCUAUCUCAGACGGGAAUUGUUUCAGUAGAAGAACAGAUGAAAGAUAUGAAUGUACCAAGCAAGCAAGCAAUGGCAAAGAAAGAAAGAUGAGAUGGCUUUCUUGAGAGCUAUACUAGUUUUCAGACCAUGAUGGAAGAUAAACUCCGUCAGCUAAAAGAUUGCCAUGAGAAUUGAAAGCUGGUGGUCACUGUAGCACAGUUAUUUGCUGCCAAAGAAUGAACAGAGUUUUUAUGGAGGAGGCUGGCAACAACCAUAGGAAAACAUAAUUUAAUGGAUUUGGGCCUGAUUUCAGUGCUUGAAUGGUCCUCUCAAUCCUAUUUAUGGGAGUGUAACAAAUUUUAGCCCCCAUUUUGGGAGGAUGAAUUUGCAUCUGGUAUAACUUUUGUCCAGUAAUUAAAGUGAAGUCUAAUUCCUUGUUCA